AUGUAUAGUCAUCCAGAACAGCUUCCUCUCAUUUGCCACCGCUCCUCCGAAGAAAGCAGUCGAAAAUUUAAGCGUAUUGCUCUAUCCGUUACCUACCUUAUUUUUUCUACAGGAAUUGACCCGACGAUCACAGCAGCUGCUGCUCCGACGAUAGCGGAAUAUUUCGGCGACACUUCGAGCUCACUUUUUCUGCCUACCAUAACUCUUCUCUUCUCCACUAUUGCGGCACCUAUGUUUGCACAACUAUCUAACGCUUGUGGUACUGCCUUUGCUUGUGGAAUCGCGUCGCUCUUUUUUGCUGGAGGAGCUUUGACGUGUGUAUUUGCACCCACUCUCCUUGUUGUAUUGUGCGGCCGAGCGCUUGCGGGUCUAGGAAUUGGUGGAAUCGGUAUUCUGAGUUCUGUCGUAUUAUCAGGUGUAAGCGUGCAUUUCGACCUCCAAUACCCUCGUUUCCUGACUUCUUCCACCAAGGUCUCGAUGGCACUAGGCGGCCCUGUCGGUGGAAUCGUCUCCGACAAGCUACAUUGGCGAGUAGCUUUUAUGCUUGAAGUUCCCCUGGCAUUGGUGGCCUUCCUCGUCUCUGUCCUAUGUCUCGAAUCCCAUGCUACGAUGUCCGGCGGUAUUUCUACCCCAAUAAGUCGGACUCCUCCCAAAAAACAAGUCGACAUCAUGGGAUGCAUCCUUCUUCCUCUAAUAAUUGCUCCUGUCAUUUUAAUCUCCUCGACUCUGGCCACGUCUUUCGGCGCAUCCGAGGCCACCUACGUCGACAAGGCUGUCGUUAUAAUCUCGAUCAUCGUCGCAAUCGCGUCAACAGCCGUAUUUUCUUUCAAUGAACAUCUCUCGACGAACCCGAUCGUUUCUGUCCGCCUUCUACGCCGCAAGAACGUCGGGACCGCCUGCUUUAUGCAGCUUCUUUGCGCAAGUGUCCAUCAUUCUAUCCUCAGCCUCUCACCGAUCGUAGCAGUCGUCAUCGGUCGCACGUCGGUCUCUCUCGCCGGGAUCUACAUUAUGCCCAUCUCCCUCGCUGCAGUGCUCGCCACCGUCGUCGCAGGGCACCGUAUCAAGCGUACUGGAAGGUGCAAAUCCCUGCUCCUCGUCGGGGCGUUCUUCGUCAUUUUAGGACCGCUCGCUUUCAUGGGGGCUGUUUCAUACGGCGAGGGUCGAGGUCAUAAAAUUAUUUACGCACUCUGUAGCUUUCCCUCGACGUUCGGGUUCCAGCUUAUCAGCUCCGUCUCGAUAGUCGUGCUGUUGGCGGGGUGUGAUUCUACGGAGAUCGCAGAUAUCACAAGUCAUGCCUCUCUGUUCAAGUCACUGGGGGGCGUCAUGGGGGCGUCGCUGUCGGCAGUUGUUAUGCAAGGUCUUCUGUCGUACACGCUGUCUACAACCUUGCCACCACAAGAUCAUCAGUAUCUUCUGGCUCUGAAAUCUCCGGGACAAGACUGGUCUUCCCUUCCCCUGGCGGUACAAGCGGUGGGAUAUGAUGCAUGGAAGAGCACUCUCGGCGCGAUAUUUGGUAUCCUCUCAUGCAUCUCCAUGAUCAACGUUCUCGUCACAUCAUGGGGUAUCUCUGAGCUUGAUGCCAGCAGUUUGAGUACUGCGUACUGA